AUGCCUAACAUCCUUAUUAUCGGUGCAACUCGAGGCCUGGGUGCCUCCCUGGCAAAUGCCUACGCUUCCCAGCCAAAUACCACAGUCUACGGCACGACACGUUCCACGACCGGACCGAGCGGCUUGAAUGAGAAAAUUAUAUGGGUUGCAGAUAUAGAUGUUAGCGAAGGGGAUGUAGGCAAGAGAUUGCUGAAUCAAUUGGGGAAGCUGGAGGCAGACGGGGUUGGGGAGGUUAAACGAUUUGAUGUUGUGAUCAUCACAGCGGGAUACUUCGCAACAGAAGACUUCGCAAGUGGGCCGAAAUGGGAAGAGGAGAUUAAGAUGUACAAAAUAUCCGCAAUCUCACCACCGUUCAUAAUCCACUCCCUAACCCAAGCCCACUACCUCCGCAGCGGGUCAAAAGUCCUCCUCAUCUCCUCCGAAUCCGGAUCCAUAACCCUCCGCCACGAAAAGGAAGGGGGAGGGAACUACGGCCAUCACGCAAGCAAAGCGGCGCUGAAUAUGGUGGGUAAGCUAUUGAGCUUGGAUCUUAAAGAGAAGGGGGUGAUUAUUAGUAUAUUACAUCCUGGGUUCAUGAGGACGGAAAUGACAAAGGGGGUGGGGUUUGAUAAGUAUUGGGAUGAUGGCGGUGCGGUUACACCAGACGAAGCAGCGAAGAGUCUUCUGGAGUGGACGGAGAAACUAGAUAUAAGUAAAACGGGGCAAUAUUGGGCACCGAGAGGGCCGAUCUUGUUUAUCGAAGCUCGCGCCCUCCUUGCCCAGCGGGUAACUAGACGCUGGCCAAAAAAGCGACUCGAAUCUGGAGUCAGACCCUCCUCCACAAUCACCACCUCAUCAGUCAGUCUCCUCAUCCAACCCAAACUCGAAUUUCGUAUCCGUAAUGAUAAUACCAUGUUCUCUGGCAUAGCCACUUGCGGCUUUGUAUAUCCUCAGAGCCAACUUCUCAAUCCUCUCGGCAUACUUGGCGCCAACGAUUUUCGCGGCCUCGGCGGGGGACAUAUUAUCGUCAUGCUCCCCGGCUUCGGCCUUUUUGCUAGGAGUAUGAAUCGGACCUUUUUUGAAUUUUCAGAAUUCUUGAAGGCUGGCCACCAUGGGCAUACCGUGGACGGUGCCUAUCCAUUGGUAUCAUUUCCAGCUGAGCAGGAUGGAGGCUUCGGCCAGGCAGAUUUUCAGGGCGCAGACCUGCCUGCAUGGAGUAGUUUUGGAGGAGGAGAGGAAAUGGGUUCGUAUACUGGAGGGAAGGUUGGGAGGAGUUCGACCAGUGGGCAGAUACGAGGACUAGGAGGCCUUUCGUUGGAAUGCCAUGGAGAGGAAGAGGAACCGCAUUAG